AUGUACAAGAAGAACCCAACGUUAACAGCGCAACAAGUAUUUGAUCAAUAUAUUCGAAACCUCGUUGAUAUUACAACCAUCAAGCAAAUUGAUCCCAAUGUUGUACAACGCAUCCAUAAUCUUUGUAAAAAUAUAAUUAAAACGGAAUAUAUGAAAAUUAUUGGAGAUACUCUGAUUGAAAUCAUACGAGAAGAUGCAAAGCAAAGGAGAAGAAAAACUAGACGAGCCAGAAAAGAAUUUCAAAACGCAAGAGAGGACGAUGUUGAGAAUCGGAAAACUGCUGGGUACAUAAAUAAAUGUGAUGAUGAAAUAGAUGAUUUCUUUCAAAGCAAUCCUGAACAAAAAUCAACCAAGAAACAGCGGAAGUCAAGUGAUGAACGAGGUUCAAGCGAAGCGGACAACGAGAGAGACAAGGAUGAUGAAUCGGAUUACAUACUUUUAUCUGAGUAUGACGAUGAAUGGAUUACAUACCAAGGACAGAGUCUUCCACCGUUGUUAGUAUCAUCACAGCUCAAGGAAUUCCAAGAAUCCUACGCAAAGAUGAAUGUAGCUCAAAAGUGGUUUCUCUCAAGCGGAAAAUUUGUUGAGGACACUAUUUUUGAACAUUGUAAGGUACUGUCAAUCGAAACUUAUCUGCAUUCAUGGAUUAUUGACUUAGACGAUCAAGAAGCAGAAAUGUUAUUUAAUAAGAAAUUUGAAGAAACUAAACUGGGAAAAGCCAUGCAUGAUAUACUUGUAUGCCUGAGCAAAAAAGUCCAUUUCGAAGAAACAAAAAUAAGGAAAUUGCGAGUUGCCGGCAUGCUUCACUUGGGUCUUAAAUCGCAAGUUUUGCAAUUGAGUAGCCCUAAGUGGGAGAAGCUCCUUGAGAUACCAGCUACAAUCGAAAACAUAAAAGAUCUUAUCAGGGUUUUGGCCAGUGUAUGGAUGUUGAAGGAAGUUAUCAGAAUGGGCACGGAAUCUCCUCCACCUACAGUUGUUUUACCAUAG